AUGUCAAACAGACAAAACAAUCCUGUAAACAUGGCCAAACCGUCCAUGUUUUCCUUGCUGUCUCGGAAUGGUAUUGCUGGUGCAACGACCAUCAGGGAGGCAUCACAGGGCUUAAGAUUUCCAAAUUCGAAUGGCCGUUGCAAUGACUGUACGUGUUCUCCAGGUUUAUUAUCCAGAAAUAGACGGUCUUCAAUGUAUCUAAGACGCAUGAUGUCUAGUUCCAGUGUUUCUCCCUCACAUAGACAUGGUCAUGGACAUGGUAGUCCAGGUUCAAGUGCACCUUCUUCGCCCGGCAGAUAUCGCUCACCAGUAAUUGACGAAGUCACGAGCGAAGACAACCUAUGUAAAGUUGUUCAGGAUAUGAAUACCAGCUUGAGGUUGGAAAAGAUCAGAAACUUGAUGAAGGAAUCUAAUUUGGGCGUCUAUAUUGUACCAUCAGAGGAUGCCCAUCAAUCUGAGUACACGUCACCUGUUGAUCAACGUAGAGCUUUUAUUUCUGGAUUUAGUGGGUCAGCUGGUGUCGCCGUCAUUACAAGGGAACUUACGAGUAUGAACGAAACACCUGAAGGUUUGGCCUUACUAGCCACUGAUGGUAGAUACUUCACCCAAGCUGCAAACGAACUUGAUUUUAAUUGGACUUUGUUGAAGAUGAACACACCAGGAGUACCUAGCUGGGAGCAGUCUGCAAUAGACCAUGCAGCUUCGUUAUCAUUAGAUUCUGGUUCUGUUGUUAACAUCGGUAUUGAUCCAAGGCUAAUUACUUACAGUUCUGUCCAACAUAUCCAAAGGUUAAUUGAAGAGAAACAAAAGGAAAACGAGAAAUAUCAGAUCAAAUUGAUACCGGUCAGAGGGAAUUUAGUUGACAAAAUCUGGAAUGAUUUUGAGGCUGUUCCUGCUAGAGAAUUCAAACCUAUUUUCAAACUGGAUGAUAAGUACACCGGUGAAACAACAACUAGUAAAAUUAAUAGAUUAUUUGAUGAUUACAUGACAAAGAAUGGGUCGUCCACAUUAAUUGUUAGUGCAUUGGAUGAAAUUGCAUGGCUAUUAAAUUUGAGAGGUAACGAUAUUGAGUAUAAUCCGCUGUUUUAUUCUUAUUUGAUUAUCAAUGGUAAGGAUAAUCUAACCUUAUAUACUGAUAAACAUGAAAGGUUUGAUGGUUUGCAAGACUAUUUAAAAGAAAUCAACUGUAACUUGAAACUCUAUGACGAAGUUUGGUAUGACAUCAGAAAAAUCGCCACUGAAUUACAUAAUCUGAAGAAGAAACUUUUAUUAACUGAAGAGGCAACCUGGAAAAUGGUCAAUUGUAUUAUUGCAAGAAAUUUCACGAUGAUUGAAUCGCCAAUAAAAUCAAUGAAGGAAAUCAAGAACGAUGUUGAACUAAAGGGCCAAACCGAAGCUCAGAUUAGUGAUGGUUAUGCAUUAAUCAAAUAUUUUGCAUGGCUUGAGAAAGAGUUGGUUGACAAGAGCUCAUUUAUCACAGAACAUGAAGCAGCAAUGGAACUAUUGAAGAUCAGAGAAGAGUUAUCAAAUUUCAGAGGUUUAUCUUUUGAGACAAUUUCUUCCACCGGCUCUAAUGCAGCCAUUAUCCACUAUUCGCCACCCGCUGUCGGUUCAAGUUUAAUCAAUCCAAAUAAGAUCUAUCUUUGUGAUUCGGGUUCACAAUUUCUCAACGGUACCACAGACACAACCCGUACGCUACAUUUUGGAGAACCAAGCUGUGAAGAGAUUGAGAAUUACACAUUAGUUUUAAAAGGUCAUAUAGCAUUGGCUAGAUUGGUAAUACCGAAUGACAGAGUUACAGGAUACCAAAUUGACUGUAUUGCCAGACAAUUCCUAUGGAGUAAGGGCUUAGACUAUAUGCAUGGUACUGGACAUGGAGUGGACUCAUAUGGGCCUGUUCAUAGUGCGGGGGUUGGUAUUGGAUUCCGUCCAUAUUGUAAUAAAAAUACAAUCAAGGCUGGACACUUAGUCAGUAAUGAGCCAGGAUACUACAAACCUGGAGAGUAUGGUAUCAGAAUCGAGAAUAUGGUUUAUUUGCGAGAAGUUAAAGAAAAGGAGGGGUGGUUGGAAUUUGUGACUACUACCAAAGUACCAUAUUGUAAGAAAUUAAUCGAUGUCAAACUACUGAGCGAUGAUGAAAAAAAAUGGAUUAAUGACUAUCAUCGUGAUAUUUGGGAAUUGUUCUCGCCUAAGUUGGAGAAAAAAUCUUAUGAAUGGAACUGGUUGAAGAGGGAAACUUCACCACUGUAA